AGAGAUUAACAAAUCAAAUUCAUUACUCAAAAAUAAUAGAACAUAACUAACAAAAUCCAAACUUAACAAGAAAUAUGUGGAAAAUCGAAUUAUUCGCCGUUCUAGUACAACUUGUUUUAUUGUUUUUUGCUAUAGACGUACACUUCAAAGCAAACUUCGAAAGUUUCGAAGUUUGCAACCUUGAAAAACUGGCAGAGAGGUUUGUGCUAAUAACCUCCGGAGAUUUUGACUUGUCCAACAUUACAGACCCACUAAUUAGGUCAAAGGUAAAGACCGGUCUCUCGGGAAAAGCCAAGGGAGAAGAAGGAGACUGCAAAGGAUUGUCAAGUGUUAUUUACGGUUAUGGACGAGCACCAUUCAGCUUUUUGUACAUGCAAGACCAAGAAAGCAUAUUCUCAAGAAUUAAGACUAACUAUUUUGGGCAUCAUCAAUCGACAUAUCCAGGUUUGAAGGCUCAUAUAACAUUUGGUAAUAACUCCUUACAGUCACAAAUAGAAUCUGAGAUCAGGAACCAAUCACUGUUUUUAGAACUUGAAAUGAAACAUUUAGUGAAAUAUAUUAAGUUCCUAGAGGAGAAAUUUCCUACGAAUGAGACUCUGUAUAUAAUAAUGUCAAAAAAAGUUGAGAACUGUAGUCGGGAUUUCUUAAUUUGGGGGAAAGGUGUGAAAAAAGAAGCAAUUCUCAAUUUGAAACAAGUGGAUAUCAGUGCUAUUAUAACCACAAUUUUGGGAGAAACCCCAUUAAAGAAAUCAAUUGGCUUUCCCCCAUUUAAUUACACAGAAUCUCAAUUGAAUCUUCUACUUUGUUACUCCCAGCAUUUAACAUCGUUGGCGAAACCUUAUCUCAAGCAAAUCAAAUUAUUAUACAAUAUUAUUGCAAAAUUUCACCGAAAAAAAUAUCAAGCAUUUGACACUGCGACAAACAUAGGGAAAAUCAAACAAAGUCUAUCAAUGAUAAACAUGUCAAGUACUUUGACACAGAGUACCAUAGCUUACUUAGGAAUGUUGACUUAUAUUGGAUGGAUUUUCCUUUUAUUUAUGCAAAUGUUAAGACUUUUUAUUGAGACAGUGAACACGAAUGAAAAUUUUAAAACAAAGGAACUCCAACCUACAAAGUUUAACGUGUUUGUUAUUUUUUUAUGUUUUUUUGCUCUAUUUUUUGUCGUGGCUCAUAAAUGGCCUAAUCACCGUGUUCUUUACUUCAUCUUACCUUUGAUAAUUUGGAGGAUGUUUUUCAGCAGGCUUAAUGACCUGCACAUCGCAUUUUCCCUGAAAAGCUCUGAAUAUAUUACGGCUCUUGUUGGUAUGGUAUUAGUUCUGGCAGAGUCCGAAUUUGUAUUUUGGUCAAUAAGAAGUAAGUUUUUGGCAUUUUUAGGAUUUUUUUUUGCACUACUGUUUUACACAAUUAAAGGAGUCACUAUCAACUGGGGUCUUCCGCUCUUAAUAAUUACCUCGACAUCUGGAAUAACUUAUAUGAUUUUAAUGUUUAUCCCGACCAUACCAAACAGUAGCAUCAUCUUGUUAAAUAUCGGAAGUACAAUUUGGUUCUGUGGGGGUCUUGCUUCAUCCUUUUUCAUGCUAAAAAACUACAGGGAUUUCGUUACAACAGCAUUCUGCCUAUUACAUCUACUUGCAACACUGGUAUUUUCAAAUUUGACAAUUAAAAAAGUUAUUGGAUGUUGUGUUCUAUGGGCACUGGGUAUUAUAGCGCCUUACUUGCCCCUGAUGGGAGGAAACGAUGAAUUCAACAGAAUCCAGCAGUUGUGUAUAGUGAUGAUCUCACCGUUUAUUGUAUUUUCUGCAAACUAUGAACUUAUAUCCAUGUUUGCACUGACUGUACUUUAUAUAUGUUGGUAUCUUUAUGAUAAAAACAACGCAGAAAAGAAGUUCCCAACAAGAGUAAAUUUGUAUUACAGCUUUUUCUACAUCAUUCUGCUUUACACAGCAAUCCAUUCUCUUGGAUACAAAGAAGAUAUGACUCAAAUCGACUUGACUUUUGUAGAGAGGCUGGGUGACAUUAAAUGUCUAUUUGUAAAAGGAUUAGUCAUUACUCUCAAAGUCAGUUUAAUUAUAAUUCUUUUGACAAUAAUCUUUUGUGCUAUUCAUAGAGAUAAUAAAGCACACUUACUUCUUGCGAUAGUUAUCCUCAAUUUCAUAGGAUUUAGGUUUUUCAUUGAUCUGUGUUAUAACCUCAAUUACGAUAAGCCAGUACCACAACUACUCCGUUAUUGUGUAACCCAGUUGUUCAUCAUAAUAUUAAUCACUACCCAGUCAUUUGUAAGACUGGUUCUUUACACUCAAUUCGAACAAGCAAUGAAAAAUUUGAAAAAUCUAUUUCAAAAGCAAUUUGAAAGGGAGAUCGUUAAGGAAAAAAUACUAACUCCGUUUGAAAAAUAAAUACGUAUAUAAAUAAAA